CCCGGCCGCCGUCCUUUUAACGCCUGCGCACUGUGGCGGAGGGGAGGUGAUGGCGGUGGUGGGGCUGCGCGGUGUCCGCUGGCUGCGGGCGGCGACCCUGCUACGGGCGGCGGGGGGCCGGGCAGCCCCGCUGGGGGCCCGAGCAGCGUCAGGCUUGCCCAAGCACUUGAUGCCUGGACCUUACCCCAAGACCCCAGAGGAAAGGGCAGCUGCUGCUAAGAAAUACAAUAUGAGGGUGGAGGACUAUGAGCCACAUCCGGAUGAUGGCAUGGGGUAUGGUGAUUAUCCCAAACUUCCUGACCGAUCUCAUCAUGAGAGAGACCCCUGGUAUCAGUGGGACUACCCCGGUCUGAGACAAAACUGGGGAGAGCCGAUGCACUGGCACUUUGACAUGUUUCUCCGGACCCGUGUUGACACAUCCCCCACUGUGGUACCCUGGCACACCAUGCGCAAUCAAUUCUUCUUCUUUAUUGGCUUCAUGCUGUUUAUGUUCUGGCUUGGAGAAAUGUACCCAUCCUACAUGCCUGUGGGACCGAAGCAGUAUCCUUACAAUAACCUGUACCUGGAGCGAGGGGGCGAUCCCAGCAAAGAGCCUCCAGAGGUGAAGAAUUAUGAAAUCUGAAAGAUGCAUGCAAAUGUAGCUCUUCUCCUGGGACGUUUACUCUGGGGGUCCUCCAGAAUGUUCACUAAACACUUGUUCUCUAAGACAUUUACUCUUAAUGAAAUAUAUUGUGAAA